CCUUCCCCUCCUCUCCCCCAGUGUAAUAUAGUCACCCUCCCCUCACACAUUGUAGUAAAUCUCCCCCUGUCCGCACCUACAGUAUAACACCCAAAGUAUAAUAUACAGUCACCCCCCACACAGUGUUAUAUACAGUCACUCUCCCCACCCUCAGCCAGUGUAAUAUCCAGUCACCCCCCUCCUCCCUCACCCACAGUGUAAUAUAGUCACUCUCCUCCCCUCAGGACACAGUUCCCGCCAUUUCACGCCUUUUCCCUUCAGGCUCUCGCUCCUGUCAUGGUCCCCGCGGUGCACUGGAAGCUGUGCGGCCUGGCCGCCAUAGCCGUCACGCUGAGCCUGGAGGGGCUGUUCCUGUUCCUGAGACGGAGGCGGCCGCUGCGGGAGGUGCUGUUCUUCCCGGCCCCGGUCACCUGCACGGAGCAGCUGCUGAGCCCCGGGAUGCGCUGCCCCUGCCCACUGUCCCACACCGACAGCGCCCUGGCCCGCCUCAUGAGGCGGCUCCUGGGGGCUCGGCGCACCCUGGAGCUCUGUGUCUUCACUUUCUCCUGCCCCCCUCUGGCCCGGGCCGUGCUGCUGCUCCACCGCCGGGGUGUCCGCGUCCGAGUCAUCACCGACAGCGACUACAUGGCUGCAGCCGGCUCCCAGAUCGGGGCCCUGCGUCAGGCCGGUGAGGAGUCCGUGUGCGGGCUGGUAGCUGAGGGGUAUCAGGGUAUUGAGGUUCGUCACAGUCAAGCCUCUGGAUUCAUGCAUCACAAGUUUGUGGUACUAGACAAGGAGCUUGUCAUCACCGGCUCCAUGAACUGGACAAUGCAGGCCAUCCAGACAAACAGAGAGAACCUUCUCAUCACAGAUGAUAGUGUGUGCGUGAGGGCGUACUCGGGGGAGUUUGAGCAUCUCUGGGAAGAGUAUGAUCCCGCUACCUAUGAGUUCUUUCCAGAGAAAGACUAGAAGUAAACCUCCGAUCUCCCCGUGCCUUGCUUAUGCUACAGGGACCUGUACAGAGAACAAGGAACCUGAUUGUAAAACAGUUUUCUUUGUUAGUUGGUUUCUGUUACCUUCAAACAGGCGCACACAAAGGAGAUACCAGCACAAUACAUUGUAUCUCAGACCACGCAUCUGUAAUAGACCAUUUGAUCUAUUUUUAUAUGUUAAUCUGAUAUUUAUUUAUCUUUGAUUAUAAGAAUUACAUGUUGUAUUUUAGGGUAAAGCCAGUGUUUUAUUGA